CUUUCUUUGUCUAUCUCUCAUGGAAAAAGAUCUUGUCAAAUUGAAGGAUCUUUACGAAAGCAUUCUGACGGGGACAACGGAAGAUGUAAUAGCCCAAUAUGAAAAUCUUCCAAAGCCCCUUCCUCACCCCUUAACGCCGCGCAACAAUAGCAUCCUCCACGUGGCAAUCUUCAUGGAACGCGAGAGCCUCGCGAGAGAAAUCCUGAAGAAAUACAGUGACCCAGGUGAUCUACUGGCCCAAAAAAGUGAUCAUGGGCACACCAUUCUCCAUGAGGUUGCAGGAAGCAACAUGACGAGCCUUGCAAAGGAAAUUUUAAGAUUAGCUCCAGACUUGCUGCUUAAAACUACUUCUCGUGGGGAAACACCUCUGUUCAGAGCAGCCCACUUUGGCCAUACUAAAAUGUUCAUGUUCUUGGCUGAUGAAAUGGACAGAAGAUUCCCGAAUGCUAUUGCUGUUCGGCCCCAUUUGCAAAGGGACGAUGAAACAACUAUUCUCCACACGGCAGUUCUCGCUGAGUUCUUUGAUCUUGCACUGGAAAUAGCUAGGAGGUAUGAACACUUAAGCUUAGCGUCAACUAAAGAUAGAAAUGGGAUGACAGCACUUCAGCUCCUCUCAGACAUUCCAUCAGCGUUUAAGAGUGGCAGGAACUAUGGCCCUCUCAAGAGAUUCAUUUAUUAUUGCGUUCCUAGUGCUGAUGAGGACACUAAAAAGGAAGAAUAUAGCAACCGAGGAGACACUCGUGAAUCUGAUCAAGGCCCCAAGCUGCCUCCAAACUACGACGUUUGUAUGCAGUGCUUCUUCGUGGUAGUACGUAUACUUAUUUCAGGAUGGCUGAUGACGGAAAGAAUAUGUAAAGAAAAGAGAAAACACGAAUCGGCUUUCAAACUCGCCAGUUUUCUGAUACAAAAAGAUUUAUCCUGGACGGAAAGUGGUGGCGGUGAGGACCCGGGUAAGAUCUCGAUUAUUGAUGUAGAGAGAGAAGUUGAAGUAAAAGAAGAUUUAUCCUGGACGGAAAGUGGUGUCAAUGAGGACCAGGGUCAGACCUCAUCACUAGGGCUUCUUAGUGAUGAACAGGGAGGAGUUGAAGGAGGCCAUGGCAGUCGGCCAGGAGAAACAACAGUACCCCCUGAGACCACAGAGGGAACAGGCUCUUCUUGUCCAACCGGAGGAAAUGAAGGCACUCCUCAGGGGAACAAAAUUCCACCGACUCUUACCCCGUUGCUGUUAGCAACAAGCACAGGAAUAGUAGAGAUUGUGAAGGAGAUACUUAGAGUGUAUCCCCAGGCCGUUGAACAUGAAAGUUGUGAGGGCCAGAACAUAUUACAUGUGGCCAUUAAGCAUCGUCGAUUGGAGAUCUAUCGCCACGUAAAGAAGAUGGACAUACCAAUGCACAUGUUAGCUCGACGUAUUGAUAGUGACGGGCACACUCUCUUGCACCUUGUUGGACACAUGCAGGGCUACGCUGGAGGUCGUACCCAGUCUGGUCCUGCUUUCCAAUUGCAAGAGGAGUUGCGUUGGUUGGAGCGUGUGCGGAAGCUUAUACCCGAUCAUUAUCAAAUGCACCGCAGGCGCCAGGGAAAGGGGGAGAGCGCCGACGAGCACUUUGAGAAAACCCAUGAAGAAUUUUUGAAGAAGGUACAAGAUUGGCUGAAAAAGCAGAAUAUAAUACCCCAUCCUGAUCAAAUGGACCGCAACAAUGGAAACGGAAACGGGGAGACCGCCGACGAGCUGUUUGAGAAAACACAUAAAACUUCUCAAGGAGGCACAAGAAUGGCUGAUGCGGACCUCCGAGUCUUGCUCUACUGUGUCGGUUCUUAUUGCCACUGUGGCAUUUGCUGCGGCUUACACCGUGCCGGGAGGUUCUAACCAGGAGACUGGGGUUCCUGUCCUCGUGUGUGACCCUUUCUUCGUGGUUUUCACUGUCAUGGACGUUCUCUCCCUUGCAAGCUCAUUAACUUCAGUAGUCAUGUUCCUUUCUAUCCUCACCUCACCAUUUGACCUCCAAGAUUUCCGUCACUCUCUUCCACUGAAACUUCAAUUCGGCUUCACCUUCCUCUUCUUCUCAGUGGCGGUGACAAUGCUUGCUUUUGCUGCAACAAUUGUGCUCAUCAUUCAUUUGAAGAGGCGGUGGCUCAUAUAUACUGCUGCAUUCCUUCCGGUCUCCAUUUUUGCAAUCUCACAGUUCCCUUUGUAUCUCGCGUCCAUGACUACUUGGAAGCUCACUCUGAAAUUGAUUAAGAAGUACGUUCUACACAAGUGUCUUCGGUCUCAGAAGCCCAGGCCCCAUUGAGAUUCCAACCAAGUGCACUGGUUCUCAACUCCCCUCUCCUUGGAGCUAACUCACCCAUCCAAGAAAGUAUUAUGGGAUACUUCUAAUUAGAUGACUUGGGCUUUUACCCAAUAAAGUAACCUCUAAUUUUCCAGUUCUUUGUUAUCAUGUUUGUGCGUUUAAGUUUGGUGCCGAAUCAUGUACGCUUGUGACAAUAUAAUGGCAAUUUGAUCGA